AUGGGGAACUCGUACGCGGGGCAGCUGAAGACAACGCGGUUCGAGGAGGUCCUGCACAGCUCGAUCGAGGCCUCCCUGCGCUCCAGCCAGCUGGUGCCCAGGCCCAUCUUCUCCCAGCUGUACCUGGAAGCUGAGCAGCAGCUCUCGUCCCUCGAAGGUGGCAGCCGAAUGGACAAUGAGGAUGAGGAGGAAGAGGCGGAAGGGGGCCUGGAUUCCAGCAGUGCCCCAAAUCCCUGCCAGCUGCACCCUGUGCCUGACGGCUGCUGUACCAUGGAUGGCUUCUGCCAGGCUGGGAAGGACCUGCGCCUCACCUCCAUUUCCAGUGACCCUAUUGAUGUCCCUGCGGGCUUCCUGCUCGUGGGGGCCAAGUCCCCGAGCUUGCCCGACCAUCUCCUGGUGUGUGCCGUGGACAAGAGGUUCUUGCCGGACGACAAUGGUCACAACGCCCUUCUUGGCUUCUCCGGGAACUGCGUUGGCUGUGGCAAGAAGGGCUUCUGUUACUUCACCGAGUUCUCCCAUCACAUCAACCUGAAGCUGGCCAGCCAGCCCAAGAAGCAGAAGCACCUCAAAUACUACCUGGUGCGGAACGCCCAGGGGGCUCUCACCAAGGGGCCCCUCAUUUGUUGGAAAGGCUCAGAGUUCCGAAGCCGGCAGACUUCCGCCAGGACCGGUUCCAUUUCUGUCUUCCCGCCACUGGACAGCUCGGGGGCUCCGACUGCCUUCCCCAGCGAGCCUGCUCCUGGAACCAACCCCGGCGUCCUGGUGGGCGCUCAGCAGGCAGGACCGCCUUCUGAUCACCCCUCACUCAGUGCAGUGCCUGGCCCCCCCAUCUUCAAUGGCAGAGACUCCCCGAAGCACCAGCAGCUGAUGAAGAAGAACCCGCCUGCAGCGCCACGGCCUCCAGCCCUAGCUUGCAUCCCAGGUGUCCUGUCCAACUCGGGACCCCCGAAGAAACGUCACAAGGGGUGGUCUCCUGAAUCUCCAUCAGCUGUGGAUACUGGCUGCCCGACGGGUGCUGGGGUCAGAGCCAAGGGCGAAAGUGCAGGUGUCUCCUGCCUGCCCCCGGCUGGCUUCCUGGGACCCACAUCGGUCACCUUUCCUGUUGCGGCCUCUGGGGAGCCAGUGUCUGUCCCCGACAACCUGCUGAAGAUCUGCAAGGCCAGGCCGGUGAUAUUUAAAGGCCACGGGAACUUCCCCUACCUGUGCGGGAACCUGAGCGAUGUCGUGGUCAGCCCUCUGCUGUAUACAUGCUACCAGAACUCCCAGUCUGUGUCCCGGGCGUAUGAGCAGUGCGGCGCCACCACUGUCCAGCCCAUCUCCGAGGAGAUGCAGCUCCUGCUGACUGUCUACUACCUGGUGCAGCUCGCCGCUGACCAGGUGCCCCUGAUGGAGGACCUGGAGCAGAUCUUCCUGCGCUCCUGGCGUGAGUCGCACCUGACCGAGAUCCGGCAGUACCAGCAGGCGCAGCCGCAGCUCUUCCCUCCCAUGCCCAGCGCCGCGGCACCCGUGACCUCGGCUCAGCUGCCCUGGCUGGCUGGCCUGGCCGCCAGCUCCUGCAAUGACAGCGUGCACGUCAUCCAGUGUGCCUACUCCCUGGCCGAGGGCCUCUCAGAGAUGUUCAGGCUGCUAGUGGAGGGCAAGCUGGCCAAGACCAACUACGUGGUCAUCAUCUGUGCCUGCCGCAACGCUGCCAUUGACUCCUGCAUCGCCGUCACCGGAAAAUACCAAGCUCGGAUUCUCUCCGAGAGCCUGCUCAGCCCUGCCGAGUACCAGCAGGAAGUCAGCACGGAGCUGGUCACCGGGAGAGUGGACUCACUGGGAGCCUUUGUCAGCACUCUCUGUCCAGAGGGAGACAUUGACAUUUUGCUGGACAAAUUUCAUCAGGAAAAUCAAGGCCCCAUGUCGUCCUCGACUGCUGCCUCCUCUGGCUCUCAAGCAGCACCUGUGGAUGGGAGCGGGGCACCUGUGUGCACAAGCUACUACCUAGAGCCGUGCAGCGUCCGGCCCUUCCAGCUGGCCGUGGCCCAGAAGCUGCUCUCCCACGUGUGUUCCAUUGCUGACUCCAGCACCCAGAACCUAGACCUGGGAUCCUUCGAGAAGGUGGACUUUCUGAUCUGCAUUCCCCCCUCGGAAGUGACCUACCAGCAGACGCUGUGCCACGUGCGGCACUCAGGUGUGCUGCUGGAGUUGGGGCUGGAGAAGGAGCAGCUGACCAAGCAGAGAGUGGAACAGUACGUCCUGAAGCUAGACGCGGGGGCGCAGGGCAGGUUUAAGGCCUUCCUGCAGAACUCUCUCCAGAACCCACACACGCUGUAUGUGCUCAUCCACGACCACGCCCACUGGGAUCUCGUGAGCAGUGCCGUCCAUAACCUCUACUCCCAGGGCGACCCCGGCGUGGGGUUGGUGGACAGACUGCUCAACUGCAGGGAGGUGAAGGAGGCCCCCAACAUCGUGACCCUGCACGUGACCUCUUUCCCCUACGCGCUGCAGACCCAGCACACGCUCAUCAGCCCUUACAACGAGAUCCACUGGCCUGCCUCCUACAGCAGCGGUGCAGCUAUGUAUCAUGAGAAUAAGAAGUACUUCGGGCUGUCCCAGUUCAUCGAGUCCACCCUGUCUGGUCACAGCCUGCCCUUGCUCAGAUAUGACAGCUCCUUCGAGGCCAUGGUCACGGCAUUAGGGAAAAAAUUCCCCCGCCUGCACAGCGCGGUGAUCCGGACCUUUGUUCUCGUGCAGCACUACGCCGCCGCGCUGAUGGCCGUGAGCGGCCUGCCGCAGAUGAAGAACCACACCUCCGUGGAGACGCUGGAGAUGGCACAGAACCUGCUGCACGCCCCCGCCCGCUGCCCCCGCGGCCACGGGCUCAUGGUGCUGCUGCGGGUGCCCUGUGCGCCGCUGGCCGCCAUGGCCUACCAGCGUCUGGCCCAUGUGCGGGCACGCCUGGCGCUGGAGGAGCGCUUCGAGAUCAUCCUGGGCAACCCCAGCACGGGCGUCACGGUGGGCAAGCACUUCGUGAGGCAGCUCCAGAUGUGGCAGAACAUUGAGGAUGCAACGUGGAGACCUCAGACCUACCUGGAGUUGGAGGGCCUGUCUUGCAUCCUCAUCCUCAGUGGGGCUGACCCACUCGGGGAGUCCUUGCCCAGGUCGCUGAGGUACUGUGACCUGCGCCUCAUCAACUCCUCAUGCUUGGUGAGAACGGCCUUGGAGCAGGAGCUGGGCCUGGCCGCCUACUUCGUGAGCAGCGAGGCCCCGCCGGAGAAGGUGGCCACGAGUGAGGCCUUAGAGAGCGACGCCGAGAAGCUGAGCAGCACGGACAAUGAGGAGGAAGAGCUGGGGACUGAAGGGGGGCUGUGCGUGUCCAGCGUGUGUGUGUUUGAAGCAGGUUCCACCUCGGACAGGAGGAGCCCGGUGAAGAGGGAGAGGCCUUGUUCCCAGGACUCGGCAUCCUCCCCGCUCUCCUCCAGGGCAUCCGGCUCUGCACUGGCUGGUGAGGCCAUGGCUCCACCAACGGGGCCUCCCCAGGGAGAGCAGGGCAGGUCUCCCCCUUGCCAGGAGGGCAGGGUCCCUGGAGAGAAGCCGAGAAACCGGCCGGGUCAAGGCCCAGCGGUAGCUACCAGCAGACACAGUAGCCUGCAGGUGGCGGUCACUUCAUCCUCCCAGCUGUCAUCCUGGAGUUCGUCCUCAUCCACAGCGCCCACCGCUGACCCAUUCGUCCUGCAGACUUCACAGUGCUCCCUGACCAAGGCCUGCCGACAGCCGCCCAUCGUCUUCCUGCCCAAGCUUGUCUAUGACAUGGUCAUGUCCACCGACAGCAGCGGCCUGCCCAAGGCUGCCUCGCUCCUGCCCUCGCCCUCGGUCAUGUGGGCCAGCUCCUUCCGCCCUAUGCUCAGCAAGACCAUGACGUCCACGGAGCAGUCCCUCUACUACCGGCAGUGGACAGUGCCCCGGCCCAGCCACAUGGACUACGGCAACCGGGCUGAGGGCCGUGGGGACAGCUUCCACCCCCGCCGGCUGCUGCUCAGUGGGCCCCCCAAGACCGGGAAGACAGGGGCUUACCUGCAGUUCCUCGGUAUCUUGUCCCGGAUGCUCAUCCGGCUGACGGAGGUCGAUGUCUAUGAUGAGGAGGAGGCCCAUAUCGGCCUCAGAGAAGAGUCAGACUGGCAUUAUCUGCAGUUCAGCGACGCCUGGCCGGACCUGGAGCUGUUCCGGAAGCUGCCCUUUGAUUACAUCAUUCACGACCCCAAGUACGAAGACGCUAGUCUGAUUUGUACACACACAGCGAGCGUCCCAAAUGAAGAUGGAGGGGCGUCCCGGAAGCCUGAGGACCUGUAUGUGCGGCGUCAGACGGCGCGAAUAAGGCUGCCCAAGUACGCAGCCUACAACACAUACCACCACUGUGAACAGUGCCAGCAGUACAUGGGCCUCCACUCCCGCUACCAGCUCUAUGAGUCCACCCUGCACGCCUUUGCCUUCUCUUACUCCAUGCUAGGAGAGGAGAUCCAGCUCCACUUCAUCAUCCCCAAGUCCAAGGAGCAUCACUUUGUCUUCAGCCAACCUGGAGGCCAGCUGGAGAGCAUGCGCCUGCCCCUGGUCACAGACAAGAGCCAGGAGUACAUAAAGAGCCCAACGUUCACCCCAACAACUGGCCGGCACGAGCACGGGCUCUUCAACCUGUACCACGCGAUGGAUGGCGCCAGCCACUUGCACGUGCUGGUGGUCAAGGAGUAUGAGAUGGCCAUCUACAAGAAGUACUGGCCCAACCACAUCAUGCUGGUGCUGCCCAGCAUCUUCAACAGUGCCGGCGUAGGAGCCGCCCACUUCCUGAUCAAGGAGCUGUCCUAUCACAACCUGGAGCUGGAGCGGAGUCGGCAGGAGGAACUUGGGAUCAAGCCGCAGGACAUCUGGCCUUUCAUUGUCAUCUCUGACGACUCCUGUGUCAUGUGGAAUGCCGUGGAUGUGGACUGUGCUGGGGAGAGGAGCAGGGAAUUUUCCUGGUCGGAGAGGAAUGUGUCCCUGAAGCACAUCAUGCAGCACAUUGAGGCGGCGCCCAACAUCACACACUAUGCCCUGAUUGGCAUGCGUAAGUGGUCCAGCAAGACCAGGGCCAGCCAGGUGCGGGAGCCCUUCUCCCGCUGCCAUGUGCAUGACUUCGUCAUCCUGAAUGUGGACCUCACCCAGAACGUGCAGUACAACCAAAACCGGUUCACAUGUGAUGACGUAGACUUCAACCUGCGGGUGCACAGUGCCGGCCUGCUGCUGUGCCGAUUCAACCGCUUCAGCGUGAUGAAGAAGCAGAUUGCCGUAGGUGGGCACAGGUCCUUCCAUAUCACGUCCAAGGUGCCCGAGAACGCCACGGCCGUGGUGCCGGCGCAGUACAUCUGUGCGCCCGACAGCAAGCACGCGUUCCUGGCUGCGCCCGCCCAGCUCCUGCUCGAGAAGUUCCUGCAGCACCACAGCCACCGCUUCUUCCCGCUCUCCCUCAAGAACCUGGGCCACCCCGUGCUGUCCGUGGACUGCUACCUUAACCUGGGCCCUCAGGUCUCCGUCUGCUACGUGAGCUCCAGGCCCCACUCUCUGAAUGUCAGCUGCCGCGACCUGGUGUUCAGCGGGCUGCUGCUCUACCUCUGUGACUCUUUUGUGGGUGCUGGCUUUCUGAAAAAGUUCCACUUUCUGAAAGGCGCCACCUUGUGCGUCAUCUGCCAGGACCGGAACUCGCUGCGCCAGACAGUGGUGCGCCUGGAGCUGGAGGAGGAGUGGCAGUUCCGCCUGCGGGACGAAUUCCAGACAGCCAACGCCGCCGAGGACCGGCCACUCUUCUUUCUCACAGGACGGCACAUCUGAGGGGAAC